CCGCGUCUGUGGCCAGCGGCAGUCCUCGCGCGAGAUUCAAUCGAUCCACGGCCGAAGUCAUUGCGUGACGGGGGUAGUUUCAGGAUGCUUGCCAAUGGCUCCUCGACCUGCCAAAAGGCAGCGCAGAUCUACCAUCGUCCUUUCAGACGACUGCGAUGAAGACGUGGACCUGCCGUCCCCCAAACCUGGAAGAGCGAGUUUCCAACGGGAGAUAACACUCGAUGGCAGGACAUCUGCAACAGUGUCUCCAGUGAAGUCUACAACGACCAAGUCCGCCUCCAGAAAGGCUGCGCCCAAGCCCUCCCCAACACCAUCACCCGAGAAAGCGAGAAAGAAUACCAAAGGCAAGAGCGAGGUAGAAAAGAACAAGUCACUGCACAACUUCUUUCAUAAGGCCACAGAGGAACAGAGAUGGAAGAGAAAGUCCGAGACGCCAAAUAUAGAGGUGGAAAAUAAUGGCGAGUUGAGCGAUGCGAUCGAAGACGACGAUCUGUCCGACGAAACCUUGCGGGAACUAGGAUUCAAUAGAGGAAGAUCCAACGCCAAUACAACCAGACAGAUACCAGCGGUGGUGUCUGCGGCAGUGAACCCCAAGCGUGAUUCCAAUGGGGAAACCCUAUCAUCGACCCAGAGAUUCAUUAGGCCUGGGGUAGCAGCUCGAAAUAUCAUUAAUACUGGAGACCCAUCUCAAUUUGACAACAAUGACCACCGCCCCUGGGCCGACCGUUAUGGUCCUAUCAGUCUCGAGGAGCUUGUGGUCCACAAGAAGAAAGUAGCAGAUGUUCAAAAUUGGCUACAGGGCAAGUUGGAUGGGCACAACAGUCAGAAGUUGCUAGUACUCAAGGGCCCAGCGGGCAGUGGCAAGACCACGACCGUGGGUCUGCUUGCGAAGGCUCUGGGCUUGCAGCUCAUCCCAUGGCACAAUCCUGCUGUAUCGGAAGUGGGUGCGGGCAACUCAAUAUCCGCGCAAUUCGACGAGUUCCUGAAUCGAGGGGGUCAAUUCAGCAGUCUGGCUUUCGACCGGGAUUCUUCGGACGGGAAUGUAAGCAAAGGAGAAUCAAACUGUCGACUUCUGGUCAUUGAAGAGUUUCCAGCAACGAUGACGAGAUCCUCGAGUGUCCUUCAAUCAUUCAGAUCCGUCAUCCUGCACUUUCUCGCCCAAGCGAACAAGCCUCCUUCCAUGACAUUUCGUGGCCAGCAGAGUCCCAAAGAUGUCUGUCCCCCUGUGGUCAUCAUUAUCUCCGAGACUUUAUUGUCAUCUUCCACAGCACUGGCGGACAGCUUCACAGCUCAUCGACUGCUGGGCGCAGAGAUCUUGAACCAUCCCUUUGUAACCACCAUGGAUUUCAACCCUGUUGCGCCUACAUUCGUCACAAAAGCGCUCGACCUAGUGAUGAAGAAGGAAGCGAGAGACUCACGUCGACGUCGCAUCCCGGGUCCUGCCAUCAUCACAAGGCUGGCUGAGAUGGGCGAUGUCCGGAGUGCCGUCAACUCCCUCGAGUUCUUGUGUGUGAGAGGAGGGGAUGGGUCGGAAUGGUCUGGCACCGUUGCGGCGAAGGCGAAACGGCCAUCGAAGAACAAGGAGAACUUGGCACUGACGGAGGUGGAAAAGAAUUCAUUGCAACUGGUUUCCCAGCGCGAAACAACUCUCGACAUGUUCCAUGCCGCAGGUAAGAUCGUCUACAACAAACGCGAAGACCCUCGUGUCUUGGACACUAGAGCUGAACCACCCCCGAAGCCCCCGGAUCAUCUCAUGCAUUUGUACACUCCAAAGGCGUCACAAGUGGAUAUUGAAGCCUUGCUCAACGAGACAGGCACAGACAUUCAGACAUUCAUUUCUACGCUGCACGAAAACUACAUCCUGUCAUGCAACGGCGAUAUGUUUGAGGAGUGUUUCGAUGGCUGUUCUGAUAUCCUCUCCACAAGUGAUGUUUUGAAUCCCGAGAUCCGCCAACUUCGCCGGCGCCACAACAACUCCAAUCCCAAUUUUGGCAUAAUGCAGUCAAACGUCCAAGCGGGAACUGCGGACACCCUGCGGCAGGACGAAAUCGGCUUCCAUGUCGCCACUAGAGGCCUGUUGUUUCAUUUACCGUACCCAGUUAAUCGAGCGGCGGUCACGGUACCAGGUGCAAAACGGGGGGAUUCAUUCAAAAUGUUUUACCCGGCGAGUCUCAGGUUGUGGAAACCCAUCGAGGAGACGGAGGCGCUCUUAGAGACGUAUGUCUAUGGUGGUGACGUGCGGGCCAGGAGAGCCGAAGGUUCUUCCGUGUUUGCUUCUGCGAGCGGGACGGGGACUACGUUCGCAGCUGGUGGUGAUGGAGGCGUGGCGAAUUGGCGGACGAAAGAAUUUGCGCUGGACACCGACACCAGUGACUCUCCGACCGACACAGCCGUCGCUAAUACCAUGCUCGAAGGCGCAGACGGGACUGAAGACAACCCACCCCCUCCAAUUGCGUACUCGAAAGAUACUCUGGCGACCGAGCUUUUGCCGUAUGUGACACGUAUCUUUGCGGCGAGGAGGCAGGACACGACGCUGUUGGAGAAGAUCACCAAGUUCAAGCCGACCAGCUACCUUUCGACGGACGAUGAAGGAUUCGAAGAAGAUGAAACGGCCACGAUUGCCACGCCGGGUGACGGGAUCGGGCGAACGCAGCAGCCGUCCACGCCAUCCGCCGGGACCACAAAGGGAGUCCUCAGCAACAACAUGCGCCUCGGAGAAAGUUUCGGCUCGACGCAGGGCCCCAGGAAUCUGAAGCACGACGUGCCAGCAGCAGCGGCGUCUGUGGGUGUGGGCGUGGAGAAGCUGUACAUCUCCGACGACGACAUUGAGGACGACUAAGACUAAGUGGGAUGAAUGAUUCCGGUGGUUUCCCUGCUUUCUGUGUAGGAAAUAUUUCAGCGAAGGAUGUCAGGGCCUUCCUUCACUUGGUGACUCGUCCCGAUCGACUCCAUUGGAAGCAGAGUGUAUGGGAGACUUGCCCAGCCAACAGCCCAAAAGGGAAGGGCGUGUACGGUGCAACGGCCUGUGACAAAAAAUAUUAAUGGCGUUAUCCGCUCCGGUUUAGGCGUCGGUUGGGAAUGUGUGUAGGACGGACGAGAAGCUGUUCUGAUGCCCAAGGGCCGGGGAGCGAACUACUACUGUUGAUCCAUACGUGCAUGCAUGCAUACAUACAUAGGAACGACAGGAGACCAAGCGGGAAUCGUGAUGCGUUCAGAACGGGAAACGGCCUAGGGGGGAUUCUGGCUUUGGUUUCCCAAGUAUUUCUGUGCCUCGUGAUUGCUCACAUCCAAGUGCUUGAACGACUCCUUGCUGGGUGCUUAGGUCCUAAUGUAUACAAUUAAGUUACAUUGCAUAGCCUGGGCUGAGGCUGUGCCGUGUGAAUCUAUAUAGAACAGUCCAACGAUACCGCAU